AUGGCCUCCACAUCGCCCUCGCCUGCUCCUGGCCCAAGUGGCUCAAAUGCGCCCUUGUCGCUUGACAAUACCGACGAGAAGAACAGUGUCGUUAUCAAGGUUGGCAUGGUCGGAGACUCGCAGAUAGGCAAAACGAGUCUCAUGGUCAAGUACGUCGAGGGUAGUUUCGAUGAGGACUAUAUCCAGACGCUGGGCGUCAAUUUCAUGGAGAAAACGAUCUCCGUCAGGCGGACGACCAUAACCUUCUCAAUAUGGGAUCUAGGUGGUCAACGAGAAUUUGUCAACAUGUUACCCCUUGUCUGCAACGAUGCCGUUGCUAUAUUGUUCAUGUUUGAUCUCUCGCGAAAAUCGACACUCAACUCGGUGAAAGAGUGGUAUCGACAAGCGAGAGGGUUCAACAAAACCGCCAUUCCCUUCUUAAUCGGAACCAAGUUCGACCAGUUUGCUACCUUCCCGCGCGAUGAACAAGAAGAAAUCACGAAGCAGGCGAAACGAUUCGCACGAGCCAUGCACGCGUCGCUGAUAUUUUGCUCGACAUCGGCGUCGAUAAACGUGCAGAAGAUAUUCAAGAUUGUGCUCGCCAAAGCUUUUGAUCUGAAAUGCGUCAUCCCAGAAAUCGAAGGCGUGGGCGAGCCUAUAUUGAUCUAUGUUGACGUAUAG